UUCGGGUGCGUGCGUGUGUCAGGCAGGAAAACGAAGGUUAUUAAAAUCUGGGACCACACCUUCUUGGUCCCUCCUCUACAUCCACAUUAUUUGCAGCCUGCAGUCUAUUAAAACAUUGUUCUGGUUUUUGGAUCUGUCCGAAACGUCUGUUGGCGAAAUGUACAGCUUUCAUUUUUUAACUCUUGUACCUGAACGAGUUGCAAUUUUAAACGUCUGACCUACAUAAUGCACAUACAAUUUACGUUUUCUGUAGGAAAUUUCAAAUGUAAAAAUGACAAGAUCUUAAGCCUUAUUUCUGAAUUUAGAUUAGAUUAAGAUUAAUUUUAGAUUAAUUUGGUAAAGACGAUGUAGUGGAGACAAAUGUUUGUAAUCAUUACGAGUAACUUAAAGGUCGAUAAGAGAAAGUGAGCUGUUGAACAGAAAAUAAAUCUCGGCUAAACAUCACAGACGCCCUUCCCUUUAAGAUCUCCUUGAUACUUCUCUAAGUAAACCGUUGGUACAAAGUUGCGGACAGGCUUCCUCUGUACAAGUCAUCUGCGCACCCGGUCUCAACUGAGAAAUCGAGGGAUUAAAGCUUUCUGCUACACGGAUACCAACAAAGCGCAUCAAGACAGCAAAAGAUGCAGUGGCGUGUCCAACAUCUUUGUGUUUAGGUCAGUAAUGGCCGUUGCCUCCUCCGUCGUAGCAGAAGGCCCCGUCCAAGCCUGUGCGUGUGUGUUGUUAUGGCAACAAUAGAUGGAAACACAGACGUGGAGACCCUGUUGGCUGCUAUCCACCUGGACAGGUACCUGAAGACCUUCCGCCAGUCUGGCUUCCUCUUGGCCAAGGACCUCAUCCACUUAGACAAUGGAGCUUUUAUCCGACUGGGCAUAACUGCCACCGGGCACAGGAAGAGAAUACUGAGGCUGGUGCAGCACAUUCAGAGGGCAACCAAUCAGAAGAAGUCGACAUCAGAGCCCUUAGAUCCUUUGCUGGACCGCUGUCAGUCAGAGUCAGACAUUAACUCACCAUCCAUCCAAUCAGGAGGGCCGAAGUCCGAGCAGGAAUGCGGAACGGGUGCCGUUGCGUUUGAAGCAUUUAGGAAUAGUUCCGUUCCAAACAUUCCUUCCAUGUUGAUGAACUCUGCGUCAGAACAGCCGCAGCAGAAAAAUGGGAAUGUUACAGGGGUGAAGCCAGUUCCAAAACCUAGAACAGUUUUCCACAGACACAAAGCAGAACCCACCCGCUUCCUCUCGUGUCCGAUCCCGCAAGCACCCCUGGAAAAGCAGGUUCUGACUAAGAAACCAUCUCAGGAAUCUCUCAGCUUUCCCAUAGUGGAAGGAUUACCUUCAGGUGACCCCGUCAGAGUGGUUUCAGCCACAGAGCCUAUCCAUGCUCCGACUCCUGCCCUAAGACAUAGCCUGAGCCUGAGAGAGAAGAGUUUGAGUGGCGUGUCCGAUUCUGGAGGACCUCUUCCUCCUGUUCCUCCUAGGAUGAACCGUGGUGUACCGCCAGCCUUGUUUAGGGGAACCACACCGCCUGGUGAAAUGACUGGCCAGAACCAGGACCAACCACCCCUCUCAGGCUCUCCUUCCCCUUCAUCCUCUUUUCACUGCGACAACACUGGAUUUUCUUCUGUGACUGCUUCCCCUCCCGGCUCCCCGAUGGAGAUGGUCCCUAAUGAGAUUUAUUGUGGCACUUUACCUAGCCCUGUAGCUAGUCGUGGACAAACGCCAGGCAGCGUUCCUCUACCACCACCACGAAAUGAGAUGGAUUCUACUCCUGAAAGAAACAGCACUUUAAGUGACAGCUCUUCUGAAUCGUCCCACGGAGUUCUUAUGGAGGAUCCAGAGGAUAUCAGUCCAUACUGUGAAACAGUCUUCCAGAGACAGCCACUACAACACUCUGAGGUGGAAUCGACAACAAGUGAAGGAAAGACAGGGACAAAAAAAGCAUCAGAGAGUCAUGGAGAGGAUCAUGGGUCACACAAGCUUUCCUGGGCCAAACGUCUGUCUCACGCCCUCUACAGUGAAUCCCAGGGUUAUAGCACGGUAGGAGGGCCAGCAACGUCCCCACGCUGCCUGUCCUUACCCCCCAGCCUCUACCCCACCGAACCGGAUGAGGACCAAACCAUCUCCCCGUACGCCAGCUACACCUCCCUCUCCGAGCAGUCCACGCCCAUCAUCAGUGGCUGGCUGGAUAAGUUGUCUCCACAAGGGAACUAUGUUUUCCAGAAGCGCUAUGUGAAGUUCGAUGGCAAAAAUCUGAUGUACUUCGGCAGUGAGAAGGAUCCUUACCCAAAAGGAGUGAUCCCUUUGGCUGCAAUACAGAUGGCUCGACCGGCCAAAGACAAUAAAUUUGAAAUAGUGACAAGUCACAGGACGUUUAUCUUCCGGGCUGAUAACGAAGUUCAUAGACAGCGGUGGUGCAGUACUCUACAGGGAAGGGUGAAGGAACAGCAAGUGUUUGGGCGCCCUCGCUUUGGCCCGGGCAGCCACUGCCAGAAGAGUGGCCCUCUGGAACUCAAAGGGACCAAGUCCAAAGUCUAUGUAGCCAUCAACACCGACCAGGUGUGGCUGUACAAGAGCGAACAGUGUUUUAAGAAUGGGAUCGGAAUCACUUUGAUCGAGGCUAGAGGAGCCACAAUCAGAGACGGCAAAGGAAGAGGCUUCGACAUGAUCACCCCCUACAAAACAUUCAGUUUCACAGCCGAGUCCGAGCGGGAUAAACGGCAAUGGAUGGAGGCUCUGCAGGAGUCCAUAGCAGAGACCCUGUCCGACUACGAGGUGGCCGAGAAGAUCUGGUCCAACAGGUCCAACAAGAUCUGCGCCGACUGUAAAGCCAUCAAUCCCGACUGGGCCUCCAUCAACCUCUGUGUCGUCAUCUGUAAGAACUGUGCAGGACAACAUCGAGGUCUGGGGACAAUGGUGUCGAAAGUACAGAGCCUGAAACUGGACACCAGCGUGUGGAGCAAUGAGAUUGUGCAGCUCUUCAUAAUGUUGGGGAAUGAUCGAGCUAAUGAGUUCUGGGCAGCCAGGCUACCUCCAGCUGAUGAGCUGGACUGUGACGCCACACCAGAACAGCGGAAGGAGUUCAUCAUCCAUAAGUACCGCGAGGGUCGUUACCGACACCCUCACCCCGGAUUUAACACGCAGGAGGAGCUUCUGAAGGUUUUAUGUUCUGCUGUGACCGAGCAGAACCUGUUAAAGACGGUCACCCAGAUCUUCACAGAUGCAGAGUCUGCCCGAGCCCAACUUGCUCACUCUAAUGGAUGUGACAGUCGUCUCUCUCUGGACCUUUCCCAGUCUCAGGGCACCGCAGAGCCUGGUGUUUAUGAUGAAAUAAUGCAGGCUGUUCUGCAUUCCGGCUACCUCUACAAGUCAGCUUCGAUGAAUAAAGGCACACUAUCACGGAAAACCAGAGAAGAUUUCCAGAAGUACUGGUGCACGGUGGAACGCUCUCUUCUCUUUUAUGAGUCUGACAGAUGUCCUGAUCCUAGCAUGAAGAUCAACGUCAAAGAUAUCCUCUGUCUGGGGGUCAGCAGGCCCGACUCCUCCGAUAACAAUGGAUUUAUUGACAGGUUUCGCUAUACAUUUGAACUGUACCUGACCUCUGAGAAGCUCUAUCAGUUUGGUCUGGAGACUCCUGAUGCACUUCAAUGUUGGACCAAGGCUAUUGGGAAGGCGUCCACGCCUUUAAGCUGCCACUGCCUGCUAACACGGGAAUUUGAGCGGGUCGGGGUCCUGCGCUACAAGGCCAUGCUGGACCCUUCGCAGUGGAAAGAGGGAUACUUUGUCCUUCAGAAGUCGAACCUCUUCAUCUGCCCCGGGAACGACGGGGCUGCCGAGGACAUUAUCAACCUCAAACGUCUGCAAGAGCUCAGUAUAGUUACUGAGAAUGAAAACCAUGAAAAGAAGGAAAUUCUAGUUCUGGUUGAAAAAGGAAGAACUCUGCAUCUCCAGGGUAUGGGCCGGUUGGACUUCUCCCUGUGGUACGCAGAUAUCCAGAGGGCUGCCGGAGGGAAGGGCAACACGUUGAGGGAACAGCAGCUCAGCAGGAAUGACAUCCCCAUCAUCGUAGACAGCUGCAUCGCCUUCAUCACCCAGUAUGGUUUGGGCCAUGAGGGGAUCUACAGAAAGAAUGGGGCCAAGUCCAGGAUCAAACUGCUUAUGGAAGAGUUCCGGAAGGAUGCUCGAAACGUCAAACUCCGUAUCGGCGAUAACUUCAUCGAAGACGUAACUGACGUACUGAAGAGGUUCUUCAGGGAGAUAGACGACCCCAUCUUUAUGGCUGACCUUCAUCCUCUUUGGAAGGAAGCUGUCAGAACAGCCAAGGAUAAGACUCAGCGCCUGGACAGAUACAAGGAGAUCAUCCGUAGCCUACCCAGGGUUAACAGAACGACUCUGGCUGCGCUAAUCGGCCAUCUCUACAGGGUCCAGAAGUGCGCGGACCUGAACCAGAUGUGUACCAAGAACCUGUCCCUGUUGUUUGCCCCCAGCCUGUUUCAGACCGACGGGAAAGGAGAGCACGAGGUGAAGAUCGUUGAGGACCUCAUAGACAACUACCUUUAUGUCUUCGAUAUUGAUGAGGAGCAGCAGACUCAGAUUGAACUGGAAAUCAGCCUCAUCACUACCUGGAAGGACACACAGUUGUCCCAAGCCGGAGACUUGAUCAUUGAAGUGUAUCUAGAGAAGAAGAUACCAGACUGCUGUAUAACUCUCAAAGUCUCUCCUACAAUGGGUGCUGAAGAGUUGACCAACCAAGUGCUGUACAUGAGGAACGUGCCGGCGGAGGAGAAGGAUGUCUGGCUGACUUUUGAGGCCAUAGAGGAAGGACAACUGGAGCGACCCCUACACCCCAAAGAGAAGGUGCUGGAACAGGCUUUACAGUGGUGCAAAAUGGCCGAUCCGAGUUCUGCUUACCUGGUGGUGAAGAAAGUGCCCAAAGGAGAGGGUAUCAACAUACUCACUGCCUACAGUAGUGAAAUAAUGAAGAUGGGAGUUCUGAAGUGUCGUGAAGAGCCUCCCAAACUUCUCCACGGGAAAGGCUUUCAGGAACAUACCUUUCAGAUCAAGGAUCACAAGCUGCUACUUCUGAAAGACAAAAAGAGCAUCAAGCCUGAAAAGGAAUGGGCGCUGAAAUCGUUGAAGAUCUACAUGGGAAUUCGAAAGAAGCUGAAACCACCCACUAAAUGGGGUUUUACUCUCAUGAUGGAAAAACAUCAAUUGUACCUUUGUUGCUUCUGUGAGUCAGACCUGUGGGACUGGGUAACCAAUUUCCUCAAAGCUCAGAAUGAUGACCCCCGACCUCCUGUACUGAGACGUCACUCCUCCUCAGACAUAUCCAAGCAGAAGUUCGGGACCAUGCCCCUAGUACCCAUCAGAGGGGAGGGACACGAGAGCAACUCUAUCAUGCUGUCAGCCAAUCAGACUCUGCGAAAGCUUCACAACAGACGGACCCUCUCCAUGUUCUUUCCGAUGAAGGUGCAACAGGACUCUUUUGAGGAGCGUCCAGAAAGUCCAGAUCCCCCAGAGCCCCUAUAUGAGGAGGUGGGGGACUUUGGCCUUCAGGUCCUCAAGUCCCUGGAGACCAGCUUCCUCUCUAACAACUCCUCAGAGACCCAGGAGGUCCCGGACCGCCCCCUGAGCCUUAGCCUGAGUCCCCAGAAGACAGGCUCCCUGGAUCGCAUGAUCGGACCCAACCCAGUGCGCUCUUUGGGGCUGGGAGACGAGGCUCUGCUGCCCCCUGCUGGGUCUCUGGAUGCACUGGACCCGGGUGGAGAAGGGUACCCCCACGGACCCCAGGUUCAUGAGAAGUCUCCCCGGCCAGUGCCUAGGAGAAGGCAACAACAUGGGCCGUGCACUCCGUCUCAGGAGCUGCUCCUACAGGAGCUGUCCUCCGUCUUCACCAAAAAGACAGAGAGCCCAGAGGAGAAACCGCCAGAGGAGAACGUUGUCUGAGGAAAUUAUCAGAUGUGUGCAAGUUGCUCAUUGUAGACUCAUCUAUGACAAAGAAAAUGGCAGUGUAAUGGGAUUUUGGACCCAACCUAUUGGUUUUGAUGUGGUGGCCUAAAUAUUAUGAGAGAUGAAUAACCAACCAACUUUGUUUUGUUGAAAUUACUUCCUAGUCUGCUAGCACUGUUUUGUACAUUCCUGUUUUACAGUAAAAUAUGCAUUUUGGACUAGAACAACCUUACUAAUGCUAUUGACAGCAGGAUACAUUUUAUAAUAGUUUAUUAAACCAACAAUUGAAUGAUUAGAGGUAUUUCUGUCAUCAUGCAACAGGGAUUAGACAUGCAUUAAGUGGCCAGUUUAUCAGGUGCUCUCCUUGUGCUAGAUCGGAAACCACAUUUCCUCUAGAACAGCCAGUAUUGUAGGUAGGGAUUCUAUAAGGUAUCGGACACAUUUCACAGGGGAGUUGGUCCAUUUUGACCCAAGGUUUUCAUGCAGUUGCUGUUAGAUUGGAUGGAGGUAUAUUCAUGCUGCAAAUAGCCUGUCACAUCUCACACCAAAGAGUCUCUUUUGGGUUGCAAACUUGGGGUUUUAGCAGGCCACUCAACAAAACUGAACCGGGAUUUGUUCGACCAGGGUUUUUCCACUUUCCUGUGUCAGCGAUUGCAUGCCCAAAGGAGCAUCCUGUCGUGACCGCUGAACACAGAUGAGCUGGGUGUUCUGACAUUUCCUACCAGGAGGGCCCCCUACAAGCAGUGCCCUUAUCGGCUUGUAGGGGGCCCUCCUGGUUGCACAAUUCUUGACAUUCUCUUUCGACCACUCUCAUUAACAACCUGUUUUUGCCCAAAGGACAGACUUUCCCCCCCCACAGAUUUUUCAUGGUAAACCUUACCAAGGAGGGUGGAUUUAUUUUAGAUACGUAGACAUGCUGCAGGAAAGAAGCACGUCUAUCCGCCCCUCCGUUUGUUAGUGUUACCGUGUCAAUACUGCCUCUGGAUGUGCUUCGUCUGUCCACUCCAGAUCUGUCGCAUACUGAAUCGCGCUUGGCUCAUUAAAACAAGUUCACGUGGGUAUCUACUGGAAACUGUAUGUCUGACACAGACGACACUCAGUGACUUACGUUUUAACACUGAAUUGAACAUGAACUGAACACCUCGAAGCUUAUCUGCCAGCUUUAAACAGCAAGCCAAGGCCAUGUGACUCACUGUAGGAUCUAUCAAUUUUUUAUUGAACGGGUUGGCAUAUCUGAUAAACUGGCCGCUCAGAGUAUUUUAUUCGUUUUAAACAACUGCAUAUUUAAAUGUAAAUGUUUUAGUCUUUUUAUGUAUUAAUUUAUUUUACUUUUAAAUAUUUGGUCAACUUCCAUUUGUCUUUAAGCUGUGAAAGUGUCGGGAAUUUUGCUAUUAAACUUCCACAGAGAAUCCACAUUGUCUUUACUCUAUCUAGCCAGAAGGUGGCAGUGUGCCCACUAUCUUAUAGAUACUACAAUUGUUUUGGUUAUAUUCCCUAUGUGCAACCACCGCCAAAUAUAACAAAUAUUAGUGAGUGCAUUUGAAAUGUUCUGAAUUCAACAUCUGCACUACUAUGUUGAUUUGCAUAUCAUUUAUAUGCCAUGCUCCAGAAAUCCUUUCAAUCAAACGAUGUGGGAACAUUUGUUUUCCCAUUGGUUUUUAAAGGCCUCUGCCAAGGGUCUGAAGUGUUAAUCCAUUUGCUUUUUGUCAUAUGUUCCUUUUUAUUUAGAAUGUACUACUGUCACUGUAAAUACUGUAUAUUAAUCUAUAUUCCGUUUCAAUAUUGCGUAUUCCACUUUAUUGUUGUUGCAGAAACCAUAAUGUCCAUGAUGUACUAUAAUAAAUAUGAUUUCUGUGUUUUUUCA